UUCCAAACGGCUUUUUUCCCCUUGAAGGGCACUUCACGAAGGGGACGCCAUUUGUAGGGACGUUCCAAACGAAAGUGAGAAACUGAUUCCCUUCACGAAGGGCCCUUCCAGAAGUCCGUUAGCGAAGGGAACAUGCCAUGGUCACUUCAUGGAAGUGAUUUCCGUUUGUGAUCAUGUGAUCUUCACUUAGGAGAUCUUGCGAUGCAUUUUAAAGCAAGGUUGGGGUUUAUUUUGACUUUACAUACAAACGUAAGUAGAAUAAGCUAAUUAAAUUUUUCUUUAUUUUUAUGUAAUACAAAAUAUUUUCGUCAGUGAUAAAAAUAUGUUUUAAGACUGUAUUGUUAGCAAGUUUAAGCAAGUUUAGUUUGAAAAAGUUUAAUAGUAAAUAAGACACAGUUAGACAAUAUUUGAAUAAAAUAAUAACAAUAAGAAGAAAUAUUUAUUUGCAAAAAUUGUUGGAGCGCUGAAUGCUGCACGCACUCACAGCGUUGUCAAGGUAACAUUGUCCAUCAUUCCCUUCACCAAGAGAGUUCCAAACGCUUAUACGAGACCGUAAUGCCCUGCACCCUUUAAGGCCAAUUCACACCGCACAGACAAACGCCAACAAACUAGUCUGUUGGAGUUUGUUGGAUCAGUGUGUUACCCCUGUUGGCGUUGGUUGGAGUUUGUUUUCACCCGACUGAACAUGCUUAAUCGGCGUUUGUUGGUCGUGGAAUGUCUGAGGAUUUUCCAACAAACUACAACAAACUCUGACGUGCCACGAACCGUUGCCAUGACGACGCGGCAGGACUGCUAGUAGGUUCUGUGCUGGGCGGGCUUAGCGUUAUCCUAAAAUGGCAGGUUUCUGGACAAAUCAAAAAGAAGAACAUUUACUUGAUCUUUGGGAGGAGAGGCCGGAGCUUUACGCAGUGGGUAUGGCCGAGUAUACCAACCGCAACGCGAGGGGGAAUGCGAUCAUGUCGAUUGCUACAGCGCUUGGGAUUUCAGAAGCUGAGGUAAAGAAGAAAAUGGACAGUAUGAGGACACAGUACAGCAGAUACCUGAAACCACCUCCCUCUGGUAGUGGAGGACAUCACACUCCAAGGCAGGAAUGGUUUUUGAGGAGACUUAAGUUUUUAGAGCUGCACAUGAAAAAAAGACCCUCGACAUCAAACCUUGAUGUUCAAAAUGACUCUACUUCUUCACUUGAGGAGGUGGAAAGUGAAGACAGAGGUGAUGAUAAAGAGCAGGAGAAAGAAGAGGAAGAACAAGAGAUGGAAGAAGAGCAGGAAGAGGUCCAGCCUAAAGAAAAAAAAAGGCAACGGAAAAGAAAAUAUUCAUCUGAUCCUGCUCAAGCCCAAGACCUUGCCAUUCUUGGGGCAAUAAAUCAAACCCUAAAAGUCCUUACAGAGAAACACCAGAAUCUGCAGCCACCCAAGAAUGAUGGCAUACAUGCAUUUUGUCAGUAUAUAGAGCAUCAAUUAAAAUCAAUAGAAGACCCACACCACCUACAAUAUAUACAAUUUCAGAUACAUCAGAUAUUAUUGUCCCCUCGCCCUUCUUCAAGCCAAUAUGCAGCUACAUAUUUACAUCCGCUAUAGUCAAUUAAUUACUUAAUUGCAUAUAAAUAUUCUUCCUUUUUUUAAUACUGGUAUAGGUCUCACUCUGUUUGUUCUGUAUGUUUGUUCAUUUUAAUAAUUUUUGUAUUUUAAGUUUUUCCAGUUCUCACAGUGAUUUAAAGUGAGGAUUUAAAAUAGUAAUUGACACAAAUAAAGAAUCACAAUUUUAAAGUAUUGUUUUUAUUAUUGUCUCAUUGCAAAAAAAAAAAAAAAAAAUUUUUUUUCCCCCAGCCAUAUAUAAAAACUGAAAGAAAUUAUCUUAAUAGCAGAAAGGAGUCUACCAUUUGAUAACAGCUUGAGAAGUCUUUAUAAGCAGAUCAAGAUAUAUA